CGAGAAAGAUAAUCGGUGACGCCAUUUUAUUUUACCCAGCAUUCCGUCUGGCAUUACAUGAAAGGCCUGAAAAAAACAGCAGGCGACGUGAGCGAAGUGAUCUCGACUCAAAACUUUCCGCGUUUUUCUACGGUGUUGUUGUGUUUUUUUUUUUUGUUCCCGUUUAGCAAGUCAUUGACGAUGCCGAAGAGUGCUUCUACUUGAAGGUGGCAUCCCCAUGAGCGCAUGUGAUGUUGAGUCCCGGCCCCGCUGAGCAUGCCAGCCCCGAGCAACAAUGCGGCGACCAGCGGCGGCGGCCUGUCCAGCAGCGGCAGCGGUGGCUCCGCCGGGGGCGGAGGCACCAACGGGCUGCUGGUGUGCAGCAACGAGGCGUGCGGCAUCCGCGACGUCUGGGCCUCCAACCUCGAGGAGGAGUUCCGCUCCAUCAUUCACGUCGUCCAGAAGUACAACUACGUUGCCAUGGACACGGAGUUCCCCGGGGUGGUGGCGCGCCCCAUCGGGGAGUUCCGGAGCACUGCGGACUACCAGUACCAGCUGCUGCGCUGCAACGUGGACCUGCUCAAGAUCAUCCAGCUGGGCCUGACCUUCUUGGACGAGGCCGGCAAUCCGCCGCCGGGGCACUCCACCUGGCAGUUCAACUUCAAGUUCAGCCUCACGGAGGACAUGUAUGCCCAGGACUCCAUCGAUCUCCUCACCAACUCUGGGAUCCAGUUCAAGAAGCAUGACGAAGAGGGCAUCGACCCGUACGAGUUUGCCCAGCUUCUCAUGACGUCGGGGGUGGUGCUCUCGGACCAAGUCAAGUGGAUAUCUUUUCACAGCGGCUACGACUUCGGCUACUUGCUGAAGCUUUUGACGGAUCAGCACCUUCCCUCGGAGGAGUCGGAGUUCUUCGAGCUCCUCCGAAUCUACUUCCCGGCUAUCUAUGACGUCAAGUACCUUAUGAAGAGCUGUAAAAACCUCAAGGGGGGAUUGCAGGAGGUGGCUGAACAGCUUGAGCUAGAGCGGAUUGGGCCACAGCACCAAGCAGGCAGCGACAGCUUGCUUACGGGGGCCGCCUUCUUCAAGAUGAGAGAAAUGUUCUUCGAGGACAACAUAGACGACGCCAAGUACUGCGGCCACCUGUACGGGCUUGGCACGUCGUACGUCAUGAACGGCAACUCCUAUCACGAAGACGCCAGCCCCAACAACGCGGUGGGAGCCCCCGUCGGGAACAACGCGGCGGGGACCGUCGUCAGCUCGGUGGUCGUCUCUGGGAGUGGCGGCACGGCGCCAUCCGCCGCGGCUCCCACCAGCACGACCGCAGUGACGGUCUCCUCGUCUUGACAGGCCGCCACCGCGAUCCCCGCGGUCUCCACCACAGACCGGUUGUCUCCUCUUCCGCGGCGCCGUCCCGUUGUACAGACUCUUUGACGUGAAACGGCGUGCGCGGACGUGUCCAGGUCAAACUCUCCCACCUCUCGCUUGCUUCUUGCGCGAGUCUUUCGCGACGUGCUGGCAUUGCUUCUGUUGCCUCCCCGAUGUCCUCUCUUCCUCUCUCUCCGCUCCCCCACCUGUGAUUCUUUUGAGAUUUCCGAGGCUUCCUUGCAAAUCCUAGGGAACUCCUGUGGGAGCAUCCCCAAGGUGUUCCCUAGCAUCUUAAAAACGUUAGGGAGCUUCAUUCCCAAAGAUCUCCCUUGUACCCUAAAAUCCCGAGGAACUCCUGCUGAGAAAUCCUUAAAGAUUGAGGGGAAACUCCAAAUCUUUGGGGAUUUUCCCACAAGAGUUUCCUCGGGCCCUUAGGUCUCCGAGGGGGUUCCUAUAGAUUCUGUGGAGGCUUGUGCACACUUGGUAACCUCAUGCUGCCGCGCGACCUUCAAUGUCCGUCAUUUUCUCGACGCCCCAUCAGAAAGGCAUCUCUGGUUUCGAAAAGGGGGUUCGUAAGAGCCGCUGCCGACGUCGCCGCAUGCGGACAGGCGAAACGUUGGCGAGGGGGUCACACUGCAGUGUACAAUAUCUCAUGGUGGUUUAAUGUGAGCAGAAGGCAUAAACAGUGUAGGUUCAUUUUUUUUUUUUCUUAUAUAUAUAAACUGUUUUAGAUGUGCCACCAUUCCAAUUGCGAUUGCUUCGGAGAUAGGUUUUCUUUUUGUAUGCCGGAAAGCGUGAAGAUUGCAGGAAGAGACAAGAUUGAUCGUUCGUUGAGUGCGUGGGGGUGAAGAACGUGUGUAGAGAUUGUAGGAUACUUAGGACGUUUGUGCUCCAGCCUGAGCCAUGCCACUGCCGACCCGCACGCUUCUGUUAACACUGUCGAAGGCAGAGCGUGCACGAGGUCAUUACGCAACAUUAGCUCGCAACAAUGGGAUGCGGCCUCGUGUGCAUCACACAGUUGCCCGACCACGGAUUUUACUCGACAGAAAGCUUCGUUUACGAAAUACGGUUCCUGGUGUUUUUGUUAUUUUGUUAAUUAUUAAUGCUGUUGUUAUUACUGCCAUUAUUUUCCGCAUCGUGGAAAGUGACGUUGCCAUUAGCUUUCGUUACUACUAACAUGUUGGAGUUUAAGAACAUAAUAAAAGGAAAAAAAUAAAAAAAACGCAAACAGGCAGGUUGGCUGCAUCUCGCUCAAAGAACCAAACGAAUUAUGUGGCGUUUUUAAGUGUGGCACUUUCAGUUUUUCCUGUCAAUGAGUGUCCUUUAUUUUUUUAGGUUUUCAUUAGGUACUUUGGCAAAGUUCGAGCCUUUUCUUUUUUUUUUUUUUUUUUCUUUUUAAAACGAGUUGCGAUUAACCAGAUGGGGUCCCAUUUUCUUCGAGUGGCGGUCUGAAACGCUUUAUGCUCGCCAGGUUUUUAACGCCUUUUAAUGUCGUUCUACUGCCUCCAUCUUUCUCUCGUGCCGGAAGCUCUCAGCCGGGCGACGAAGUGCGCGAGAUGCCGCGCCGAGGGCGCGACGGCUAAGUCGCAAACGGACAGGGAUGCCCGUGCGAAAUGGUUCGGGAAAGCCGGCCUGUUUUCUCUUUUCCGACGGCGCACGUUGCUGGCUGGCCCAGCGGCGUCGGUUCGUCCGCUCUGUCAACCACGACGCGCGAUCGGCGACGCUUGUGGUGCACCCCGUCUGGACACAUGGCGCGACAACGGAAAAGAAGGGUCGUCGACGCGGCCUCGCAGGAAAGGAGACGGCGGUGUGUGGUGCGACGUCGUUUUUAGUGAUCUAACAAUGCAUGUUGUAAAUAAAGAAUCACGUCAGCAUUGAAAAACAAAAA